GAGGAAGUUGAGCGUUGAGCGGCGAGCGGCGAGCGGGUCCAUCUUCCUGACCGCCGUCAUCAUCAUCAUCAGCAUACACUCCAGCAUUCCGUGACUAUGUCACGCAUAGCGCGAUGGGGUCAGGCGGCACUGCACACCCUGCCGCGCCAACAAAUAUCCUUGGCUGCUCCAGCGCAACCGUCUCGCCGCUGCUACUCCAACGACUACGACGGCCAAGAUGAUGGGUCCGGUCCGAGCACCUCCUGCUUCCAAUCUCCAGAAUCACAGCAUCCUCGCUCAGACAGGCAUCAGAAUCGAGGACCCAGCACCUCAAUUGCGCCACCACCAGACGGAUACGACCUCCUCCUCAGCCAAUUCGAAGCAGGGAGCGCCCUCGCCAAGCCCACCCAUUCGAAUGAUGAGCUCAACCUCUCUCUUCUACGCAAGCUGCGCCCCUUGCCUGGAAAGCAGCGCAAGCACUUCAGAGGAGAGCGGCUGCGAGAGAAAGCACAAAUGGAAGAGAAGUUAUGGCAGAAGAGCAUAGAGAGAGUCUCGAAUGCUUUCGGUCUUCCGCAAGUGAGGAAACUGGCGAGGGAAGCCGGGCUGGAGGGGCAGAUUGUCAGGGGGAAAAAGCAGGUCAUUGUUGCUGCACUGGUGGAGAAGGUGUUUGGCUACAAGCCGCCACGUACGCUUGAGAGCACUGCCGCUGGCAGAUCAGGCUCGUACGACCAAGCAAUUGGGCAACUCUCCUCCGCUUCACAUGAAGUGUCGCAAACGGACCUGUUUCUGCUCUUGGCUGACGGAGGGGCAAAGCUGAACCAGCUUGCGGGGACUUUCGGAACAAGGCUGACGCCGAGGGUCAGCACGGAUGAGGAGGGACGUAAUGUGUACUCGAUUGAAGCUAGAGGGGAUGAGCAACAGGUGGGCGCGCCGAUUGAGAAGGCGUUGCAGUCUGUUAGCGAGCUCAAAAUCUUACAACGCGUCACUCUGCAACUCCCACGAGCGGCCCUCGACCCCAAGACAAUACGCUACAUUGCCUCUCGUACAGGCUGCUUCAUCGAAUACACCACCACACCCUCCGGCCCUAAUGCCAACCCGCACGAGACCACUUUGGACCUCUGGGCCUUCCGCGCCUCCUCGCACACUUACGCGCGCAUCUGCCUCGCUGCUUUCCAGGCUGACCUCUAUCAAGGGGCUCGACCGCUUUUGAGCUUUGCGAAGAGGAGCCAUUCGGAUCCCGAUUAUGCGCCGAGCGACGAGUCGAGCCACCAAAUGGAACGCUACUGCUUCCACCCGCACGCCCUUGCUUCGCCGCAAAGCUGGCUCACGCAGCUCACUGCCGGCGGUUCGUCGGCGCAGAUGUUCAGGCUAGGGAGGUUGAGGGGAAGCCGAGGAGGAUUGCUAGGGCGGGGCGACGAUGAUGCAACGCAGGCUUCCACCCUCGUUGAGCUGGAGACGGGCAAUGCGCUUGGAGCAGAACGCAACUGGGCUUGGCUGGAGGAGUAUAUGGCUGCGGACAAGCUUGACCUUGUGUCCUCCUCGACCGCGGGGGAGGCAGGCGGACUCACCACAUCCUACUCCCUCACUGCGGGGACGCUGGCCUUUCCUGGCCCUCAGAGCCCACCAGAAGACGUAGGGUCAGUACUGAGUCACUUGGCCAGCUUGCUCUCCCCUCCUCUGCCUGGGUCAUGGCCGCUCGACACUGCCUAUCAAUGGCUGCGAAAUCGAGAUCCUCAAGCCCCAUUCGAGCGCAGGCCAUUGUGGGUCCCUGGCCAGCUGCCAGGCGUGGCGUCGGAUCUGGAGGGUUCGAUGGGUGAAGGCGUCAAGAGACUCCUGUCGAGCGAGGUACAAGAGGGCGAUAGCGAUGAGGCUGCCGCUGCCUCGCAGCGAGAGGUGCUGCGCAUGACGUACCGCGUUCAGACGAAGGACGGGGAGGACAUCGAGCCCAUCUACAGACUCGUCGUUGACAUCGAGGAAAGGGAAAGCGAGGCUGUCGCGGAGGAGGCGGCGAAUACCGCAACACUCGACGCGCACCUCGACGGAGCAGCUGCAGAGCCAUCGGUCUCAAGCACGCCUGUGUUGCACCCCUACAACUAUCGCGUAGUCUCGGCGCACGUUACCACCGCACGCGAAGCAGACAUUCUUGCUCCUGAGCAUAAGUCAGACCUACGUCUCACAACGCGCAAGGAUCGCCAACUCACUUUCUUUGAGCUCGAGAGCUUGGCAGCAUCACUACAGCCCUACCUCGAGCAAAUGCAGAGCAGCGUCGGGGAGAGCGUUGUGAAGCGACGCACGAAGAGGAUGGAGGAAGAGCAGCGCCGAGGCGGCAGCGAAGCAGCAGAGCAUUCAUCAUCCCCUUUAGCUCCUGCAGCGAGGAAGCAGGAAGCCUACAGCAGCACCGAAGAAUUACAGCGGAACUGGCGUGCCACUUUGAAGGGAUCGAGAGGGUUUAUGAAGCUUCUUGGCCGUUGAAGAUGGGCAGUGAGAUGGAGGGGCAACCCGAGAUCUCAGU